CAUAUUUUCAAAGUCAAAAAAAUUUAGGACCUAUUUAGAAGCACAGAUUUUUAGGCGGCUGCUUCUGUAAUUUUGCCCACUCCGAAAACACUCGCCUUUUGUGUAUCUGAACGACACAGUUUGCUUCUUCCCCCUUGCAGUCUCCAUCUUUCCUUCGAUCUAAAAGACGAUGGUGAAAAUCCAGAAACCCGAAAAGCAAAAUCUCAGCAAUAAAAAAUUUAAAAAACCCUUAAGGAAAAUCCAAACCGAAUCCAAUCAUUCUGAAAAACCCGGAAAUCCCCCAGUCCCUGAAUCCGAACCCGGACCACCCGACUCGGACUUUCAUGCGCAAACCCUUCCCGAGCUCUUGGAACCCUACACCAGAGACCAGCUCAUUGAUCUCAUCUCCGAGGCUGCGCUCGAAAACUCCUCGUUCCUCUCCUUUGUCUGCAGCCAUGUCAAUCGGGACGCCUCCCAUAGGAAAUUGUUCGUCCAUGGCCUCGCGUGGGAGACCACGCGCGAAUCCCUUGCGUCGGCCUUUGAACCUUUCGGUGAGAUCGAGGAUUGGAACGUCAUCGUCGAUAAGGCCACCGGCAAAUGCAAAGGUUAUGGAUUCGUUCUCUUCAAGAAACGAAAAUCAGCUAGUAAGGCGUUGAAAGAACCGAAAAAGAAAAUCCUCAAUCGGAUGACGUCAUGUCAGCUGGCUUCCGUGGGCCCCAACUCGAUUGCGAAGGAUGCGGAUCAAUCGCACCAGAAAAAACCGGCUGAUGUAAAGAAUAUAAACGCGGCGGAGCCGGCUGUACUUUUUCCGCCACAGCCGCAACAGCAGUCGCAGGUGUUGGCGGCGUUGGCAGCGACGCAAAAUUUCCCAUUGUUGGGCCAUAGCAAACCGAUUUAUGGGAGCUUAUUAGGGAGGCAAAUUGGUCCGGUGGCGACGCUGGGGACUACCAGCAAGACGCCGGUUGCGGCUGUGCCAACGGUGCCGACGAGCCAUGUGGAUGUGGUGGGAGGAGGGUUUGGGAGGGCAAAUUCGUCAUUGCACGGUCAGGACGUGGCAGGUCAAGGGCUACAUCGUUUAUAUGCAAAUAUGCAAAUUGGGCAGCAGCCAGGGGCAGGGAGAGGUCGGGGGACUUAUAGGACUGGGGCCUUUUCUGGGUACCCAACAUUCAUUUGAUGAUUUGGAGCUGAGUUUCAAGAUGUUCAUGCACUUUUGGGAAAUGUUUCAUGGCAUUUGCUUUGGAAAACUUUGAAGUUUGACAAUGUUUCCUAUGGUUUAGAUUUUAAAAUUUUGCUGAGCUCAAAUAGAAUUUGGUGGACAAGGACCAUUGCACUUCUUAUCUUUCCUUUGUUUUCUUUAUCUUUCCUUCUCUUCUUUUCUUCACCACUCUCUUUAGCAUACAAGUUUGUAAGCAAUGAUAACUUUCAGAUAUCUUUUCUUAAAUUUUAAUUUCUUUAUUUCUCUGGUAUUUUGGUUUUCUUUCAUUUCCUUUUAUUAUACCAAAUUUUUUCUCCCAUCAUUUACUAUUCACAGAUCUGGGAUAGUAGGAUGAUGAAUGUGAUUAAUUUAUUUACUUUGAAUAAUGAUCUUCAAUACAUAUAGUUCGAUGAUUAAAUUUAGAUUACACAAGUGGACAUGCCUCCUCAAAAGUCAGUAUUCUGGUCAUAAAAAAUUCUUCUUGUGUUUAAUUUAAAUAUUUUUAAGGAUUUCUUUUAUUCUAAGUAGGUA